AUGAGUUCCACCACUUCAAAACCAAUAAAUAUCGUGCUUUCAUUAGACGCACUACAAUUGAGAAAAACAACUUCGUGUGGAGAUUCUGGUUCAGCUUUAAUUACCAUUGUUGGUAAUCAAGGUGAAUAUAAUACAUUUGGUAUUACUGUAGGUCAAGCUUUUUUUGUUCCAUCUGGUUAUGCUCACCACGUUGAGAAUUUGCAUAAAGAUGCAAUCAGUGAAUUUAUUAUUGUCUUAUCGCACGAACUACCAGAAGAAUUUAAUUUUUCAAUGACAUUCGGCUCUAUGUCUGAUAAAGUACUUGGUAAUACAUUUCGAUUACCUGAUAGUGCAUUUAAAGAUGUAAUCAAACUCAAACGUGGUGAACCAACAGUUAUUGGAGAAAUGAAACAAAUAACAAACGUUGCUAAUGAUCGAGUUUUUACAAAUUCAAAUAAAUAUAAAUUCGAUUUUGAACGACAGGCAUUUACAUUACCUUUUCCUGAAGGAUCAAUUAAAAUAGCAUCACACAAACAUUGGCCAAUAAUUAAAAACAUUUCAAUGUCAUCGCUUUGUAUUUCAAGAGAAAGUAUACGUGAGCCGCAUUGGCGUCCUGAAGCAGCUGAAAUUGGUUUUGUUGUUAAUGGUUAUGCACGUAUAAGUAUUCUUUUACCUAAUGAUGAUCAUCAAUUACAUACAUUUUCACUACAAAGUAAUGAUGUUUAUUUUAUACCACCUGGUUAUCCACAUUACAUUGAAAAUAUUGGAGAUAAAGAUGUAAAAAUUUUAAUGUUUUUUGAUCAAUCAAAUGCUGACGAUAUUGGUUAUAAAGGUGGUUUUUUAGCUUAUUCAAGAGAAGUUCUUAGUGCAACAUUUCAAUGUGAUUCAAAACAAUUACCAACUGUUUCAUUCGAUCGACAAAAUUCAAUUCUCAAACGUGUAAAUCCGGUUGAAGAUUAA